CACACGGCAUUCGAGGCGCCAGAGCGUGAUCGCUUGGGGCUGAGAGGCCUUCUUCCGCCGGGUUACCAGACCAUGGAGGAGCAAAUGCAGCAGUUCAUGCGGCAGUACGAGGCCAUUGAACGCAAGCCCAGGUCGUCUGACGACCCCGUGGACCUGCAGAAGUGGCGCAUCCUCAACCGCCUGCACGACCGCAACGAGACUCUGUAUUACCGGAUCCUGAUGGACAACAUAGAGGAGAUGUCGCGCAUUGUCUACACGCCCACGGUGGGCAUGGUGUGCCAGCGCUACGCCUCCCUCUUCCGCCGCCCCCGGGGCAUGUACUUCAGCGCCAAUGACCAGGGCGAGAUGGCCUCCAUGGUGCACAACUGGCCCUCCGACCAUGUGGAUAUCAUAGUGAUCACGGAUGGCAGCAGAGUGCUGGGAGUGGGCGACUGUGGCGUGCAGGCCGUGUCGGCGCCGGUGGGAAAGCUGGACAUGUACGUGGCUGCUGCCGGCAUCAACCCCAACCAGGUGCUGCCUGUAGUCUUCGAUGUGGGCACCAACAACAGCGAGCUCAUGAAGGACCCACUCUACCUGGGCCUGCGCCAUCCGCGCAUAGACGGGGAGGACUAUCUGGAGCUCAUAGACGAGUUCAUGGAGGCUGUUACCGCCCGCUGGCCAAACGUUAUUGUCCAGUUCGAGGACAUGGAGCGCAAGUGGGCGCACGUGCUCAUGGACCGCUACAGGCACCAGUAUCGCACGUUCAAUGACGACAUCCAGGGCACGGGGGGGCUGGCUGUGGCGGCGGUGACCAACGUGCUGAGGGCGCAGGAGCUGCCUCCUAGUGAACUGGCGAAUUGCAAAAUGGUUGUGACCGGUGCAGGCAGUGCGGUGCAGGGCAUGCUGAUAGCACUUCAAAAGGCGAUGGUGGCGCAUUUGGGAGAGAGCAAGCACAGCUACGUGCAGGCUGCUCGCAACUUCUGGAUCGUGGAUAACAAGGGGCUCAUGACCGAAGCCAGGGGCGCAGUACCCAACCUGUUGCGGCCCUUUCUGCGGCCGGCAGCAGAGGGAGGGGGGGGGGGAAGGGGGGGCUGCAGGAGGGGGCGCUGGUCUGGCCUGAUGACCGAAGCCAGGGGCGCAGUAUCCAACCAGCUGCGGCCCUUCCUGAGGCCGGCAGCAGAGGCGCGGGAGGAGGGGGGACUGCAGGAGGGCGCCCAUUUAGCCGCGGUGAUCAAGGCAGUGCAGCCGCACGUGCUGUUUGGGCUGUCGGGCAAGCACCACCUGUUUGACAAGGACGUGCUGAGAGCUGUGAAGAACUCUGGCGUGCCCCGCCCUGCCAUCCUGCCCCUCUCCUGUCCUGCCAACCACUCGGAGUGCACGGCACAGCAGGCAUUUGAAGCCGUGGGUCCCAACGCCCUCUUCCUCUCUGGAGUCAGCUACCCCUCCGUCCGCUUCCCGGAUGGCAAGAUCGGCCAUUCCACCCAGGGCAACCACAUCUUCCUCUUUCCAGGCAUUGCGGCCGGAGCACUACUAUCGGGCCCUCGCCUGGUGUCUGAAGGAAUGAUCCACGCGGCAGCCAACGAGGUGGCGCACUAUAUUUCAGACGAUGACGUCAAGAAGGGGAUUCUCUUCCCGUCGCUAUCCAGCAUUCGUGACAUCACAUCCCAUGUCGCAGUGGCCGUGGCUCGCAAGGCAGCAGAGGAGGGAUUGGCUGAGGGCAUUCCCAGCCUGCAUGCCGAUCAGCUGCUGACACUUUCCAAGGAGGGUUUAAGGAAGCAGGUGGAGAAGCGCACAUGGGUACCUGCGUACUCUCCACUCAUUUAUGGGGCGGAUUUGGCUAGAUAG